CACAUAAGCAAUGACCCAUAUUGCUUUGUGGAGUUCUUUGAGCACAGGGAUGCUGCAGCUGCCCUCGCAGCAAUGAAUGGAAGAAAGAUUCUGGGAAAGGAAGUCAAAGUAAAUUGGGCAACAACUCCAAGUAGUCAGAAGAAAGACACGUCCAAUCAUUUCCAUGUUUUUGUUGGAGAUCUGAGUCCUGAGAUCACCACUGACGAUAUCAGAGCUGCAUUUGCCCCCUUUGGGAAAAUUUCGUAAGUGUUGAGAAUCUUUUAUUUUGUGAAAGAUGAUUUGUUCUUUUAUUAAAUAGUAAACAGCCAGAGCAGUUUGUAUGAGGAGCUAUAUUUAAUGUAUUGUUAAUCUGAGGGCUUCUUGGACUAUUUUUUUAUUAUCAUCAGUAGUUUAUUUUUUUAACCAUCAUUUAAGGAUUACAGAAAGUAACAGCUAAGAGAGAAACAGUUGUUUGCCUUUGGCUUUUGUUGUAAGUGUGAAAUGAUUAGAGUAGAUUUCUGAAGUAAUUUAUUUUUAUGAAGGACCUUCAGACUUUUAGUUGCUACAGAUAGCCUUAAAGAGAGUAUUGGUACUAAGUAAAUAUUUUAGUGUUUUGCACAAAAGAUGGACACAUCCACACAUGUUCUUCACCUCACAAAAUAUAGGUUAGGUUUUUAGGACUUUUAGUGCAAUACUGUGGUUAGUGCCACAUUCAGAUGUGUAAUAAGAAUAUCUGCACCAUUAAAUAUUCCUGAUUGAAGAAAUGGUAAGUAGAUCUAAUUUUUAAAGCAGUUCAAUAUUUGGUAUCAAAAAUUGUCACUGUGAAUCUGAAAAUCUUUCAGAUUCUUCUUUAGCUGCGAGUGUCAGUUAAUAGCACUCUGGUUAUUUUACAGAAAUGCUCAUAGGAUUGGACAGGAGCUUGAAGGCUAACAGCAAGGAACUGUGCACACUGGGAACUCAGAUGUAGAUUUUUUUUCUAUUUACUCUUUGCUUUUCAUACUUAUACUGCAGUAUUUUCGUAUUAACGCUGUAGUAUAGUUUUUAACAGUCCUCCAGUCUUUCUUGUUAAAAUGUUGUUUCAUUAUGGUUAUUUAGUAGUUUUGUUUAUAGUUUUGAUUCUCUUAAAAUGCUGAAAAUGUCAAUUUUUCGAAAUUUGCAGCUUCCCAAACUCCAUAUUGGUGGUAAAGAAUUGACCAGGAAAAAUAAAGAAAUCUGUUAACAGGCCAUGGAUGCUCGUGUGGUGAAGGAUAUGACAACAGGGAAAUCAAAGGGGUAUGGAUUUGUGUCCUUCUAUAACAAACUGGAUGCAGAGAAUGCCAUAGUACACAUGGGCGGUCAGUGGUUGGGUGGACGACAGAUCCGAACCAACUGGGCAACUCGAAAGCCCCCUGCCCCUAAAAGCGUGCAAGACAGCAGCUCAAAGCAGCUGAGAUUUGAAGAUGUUGUGAACCAGUCAAGUCCUCAGAACUGUACUGUAUACUGCGGUGGCAUCCAGUCAGGCCUUUCGGAGCACCUUAUGCGACAGACAUUUUCACCUUUUGGCCAAAUAAUGGAAAUCAGAGUUUUCCCAGAGAAAGGCUAUUCUUUUAUCAGGUUUUCCUCCCAUGAAAGUGCUGCCCAUGCCAUCGUGUCAGUGAAUGGAACAACCAUCGAAGGCCAUAUUGUUAAAUGCUACUGGGGUAAAGAGUCACCUGAUAUGGCUAAAAACGUCCAGCCAGUAACUGAACAAGUGGAUUACGGUCAGUGGGGCCACUGGAAUCAGGUGUAUGGAAAUCCUCAGCAGUAUGGUCAGUACAUGACGAAUGGAUGGCAAGUACCAUCCUAUGGAAUGUAUGGACAAACAUGGAAUCAGCAGGGAUUUGGAGUGGAACAGUCACAGUCUCCUGCCUGGGUGGGAGGUUUUGGGACUCAGCCCUCUCAGGCACAGCCAGGUCCAGUGAUGAACCAGGCUAACUUUGGCAUGGCUGGUUACCAGACACAGUGAUCUGGUCCUUACUUUUCAACGUCUGAGUCACUUUGUGGGAACCCUCUCCUUCUCACUGGGAGGGAAUAAAGAGACUAAUAGGAGAACAUCGACUUUUUCCCAGAGAACGUUCAGAACUGACUUAAAUCAGGGUUUGCUUAAGUGUAAAGAAGCAAAUUUUGAUUAGACACACAUGGGAUGAAUGCCUUCAGCAGGAAACUGAAUUUAUUUGCGAAAUUUAUUUUUUUCUUGUUUUAAUGGAGUCGGAGAAAAUAAACUGCAUUUCCCCCACCCCCAUCCGUAUUGAAUAUAUUUGCUUGAUGCCAAUUGCAGGAAGUUCACAGGUACAUAGCAAAAAGUUGUACAUGUUUUGAAACUGAUGCUUUUUAAGUGCUUUCCUUUCUCCCUUUCCAAAUAGCUGAUCAUGUGUUUGCUUGUACAUCACAUUAUGGACUUCAAAUUUUGUACUAAAAGAAGAGAAACAAGCAUUCUGAUUCAGUAAACACAUGUAAGUAAAGGCACUUUUUGGGGUUCAUAGGACCUGUGUCUUGUAAAUGUUUAAGUGUAAAUGAAUUUCUAUGUGCAGUUGUGUAUAUUUAAUCCACAUUAGCUCCUCAUUUCUCUCAGAAUUCUAGAGUUUGAUACCGCGUGUAUGAUAUUCUCUUUUUACUAUGAUUUGCCGACACAGUGAAAUAUCUCAUUCAAUACAGAGAAAGGGUCACUAUGGCUGAUUAUGUAAAUAACCUUUGAUAACUCAGUGUGGAAUAGGGUUUCAGAAUAUGCAUUCUUCAUUACUGGAUUGAGC